CAGUGCCAAAUGAAAGUAGGCGCUGUGGCAGGUUCUCCAGCGCAGGAAUAGAUUUUCUCCAGCGCGGUUGAAAGCGAGGUCCCGGCUCAGCUGUCACACUCUAGGAAAACGAUGCGGGGCCGAGGACCGGGCCCUGCGUCCAUCUGGCCGUUCCUUCUCCUCCGCGCGGUUCUAGGGAGUCCCGGAGGCCCAGGUUCCGUGUGGCACAAGGACCCCAAUUCCAGCCCGGUGGACGAAACGCAGGUGUUUCUGUAUGACACUUUCCCAGCCAACUUUCUCUGGGGCGUGGGGACUGGCGCCUUCCCUGUGGAAGGGAGCUGGAGCGAGGAUGGGAAAGGGCCGUCCAUCUGGGACCGCUUCGUCCACUCCGACCUCGAUGGCGGCAGCAGGCUAGGAGGCUCCAGCGACAGCUACAUCUUUCUGGACAAAGACCUGUCCGCCCUGGACUUUCUGGGGGUUUCUCUCUAUCAGUUUUCAAUUUCCUGGCCGAGACUGUUCCCGGACGGGACGGCUUCGACGGUCAACGAGAGGGGCCUCCGGUACUAUGACGCUCUCCUGGAUUCUCUGGUGCGGAGAAACAUCGAACCUCUGGUGACCCUCUACCACUGGGACAUGCCUCUCGUCCUCCAAGAAGCCUAUGGCGGGUGGAAGAACGAAUCUGUGAUCGAGCUCUUCAACGACUACGCGACUUACUGUUUCCGAACGUUCGGGGACCGUGUGAGGUACUGGAUUACGAUUCACAACCCGUAUCUGGUCGCCUGGCACGGCUACGGCACGGGGAUACACGCUCCUGGAGAGAAAGGGAACCUAACCGCCGUCUACACCGUGGGCCACAAUCUCAUCAAGGCCCACGCUAAAGUCUGGCACAACUACAACACAAACUUUCGGCCACACCAGAAGGGCUUGUUAUCGAUCACCUUGGGUUCCCACUGGAUCGAACCCAACAGGUCAGACAACGGUCCGGACAUCGCCAAGUGUCGGCAGUCCAUGGCGGCGGUACUGGGCUGGUUCGCGGAGCCCAUCCACGGGAGCGGAGACUACCCCCGGGAAAUAAAGACGAGAUUCCCCUCACGCCUGCCCCGCUUCUCCACCGCCGAGAAGGACGGGGUGAGAGGGACGGCCGACUUCUUCGCCUUCUCCUUCGGGCCCAACAAUUUCAAGCCGGUGCAGACCAUGGUCACGAUGGGGCAGACCGUCUCCCUGAACCUGAGGGACGCGCUGAACUGGAUUAAGCUGGAAUACCGCAACCCCCGCAUCCUCAUCACCGAGAACGGCUGGUUCACCGACAGUCACGUGGAGACCGAAGACACCACGGCCAUCUACAUGAUGAAGAAUUUCCUCAACAAGGUGCUUCAAGCAAUCAAACACGACGCCAUCCGGGUGUUUGGCUACACGGCCUGGUCCCUGCUGGACGGCUUCGAGUGGCAGGACGGCUACAGCACAAGGAGGGGUUUGUUCUAUGUGGAUUUCGGCAGCCGGAAAAAGGAGAGGAAGCCGAAAUCCUCCGCCCACUACUACCGACAGAUCAUCCACGACCACGGCUUCGUGCUCGAGGAGUCCCCGGCCGGUGAACCGGGCCCGCCGCCCUGCGACUUCUCCUGGGGGGUCACCGAGUCCGUCCUCAAGGCCGAGGCGGGGGCCUCCUCCCCGCAGUUCCACGACCCGCGCCUGUACCUGUGGAACGUCACAGGGGACGGGCUGCUGAGCCCAGUGCCCGGUGUGACCCUGAAGACCCGGCCGGCCCAGUGCACGGACUUCGUCAGCAUCAAGACCCAGCUGGCCCUGCUGGCGCGGACCAAGGUGACCCACUACAGGUUCGCCCUGGACUGGUCCCGGAUCGUCCCGGGCGGGCGGGCGGGCGAGGCCGACCGGCAGGCCCUCCGCUACUACCGCUGCGUGCUCCGCGAGGCCCUGCGCCUCAACGUUUCCUGCAUGGUCACCCUGUACCACCCGACGCGGGCCGCCGUGGGCCUCCCCGCGCCCCUGCAGCGGGCGGGGGGCUGGCUGAGCCCGGCCACCCCCCGGGCCUUCCGCGACUACGCCGAGCUGUGCUUCCGCCAGCUCGGAGACCUGGUCAAGCUCUGGAUCACCAUCAACGAGCCCAACAGGCUGAGCGAGGUGUACGCCGGCAGCGGCAACGCCACUUACCGCGCGGCCCACCACCUGCUCCUGGCCCACGCCCUGGCCUGGCGGGCCUACGACGGGCGCUUCCGGCCCACCCAGCGUGGGGCCGUGUCCCUGGCCCUGCACUCCGACUGGGCCGAGCCGGCCAACCCCUUCGCCGCCUCGCACCGGGCGGCGGCCGAGCGGCUCCUCCAGUUCGAGGUGGCCUGGUUCGCCGACCCCAUCUUCGGGCCGGGCGACUACCCGGCGGCCAUGAGGGAGUACAUCGCCGCCAAGGCCCGGCGCGGCCUGUCCGGCUCGGCCCUGCCCCGUUUCACGGAGGAGGAGAGGCGGCUGGUCAGAGGGGCGGCCGACUUCUACGCCCUGAACCACUUCACCACCAGGUUCGUGGCCCCCGAGCCUCAGAACGGCAGCCACUACGCCCUGGACCGGGACGUGCGGUUCCUCCAGGACAUCACCUGCCCCAGCUCCCCCGCCGGGCUGGCCGUGCUGCCCCUCGGCCAGCGCAAGAUCCUCAACUGGGUCCGCCACAACUACGGCGACGUGCCCAUCUACGUCACCGCCAACGGGGUGGACGACCCGGACCCGCUAGACGACCGGCUCCGCAAGUACUACCUGGACCGCUACACCCGGGAGGUUCUCAAAGCAUCCCAGAUUGACAAAAUCAACGUUAAAGGUUACUACGCAUUUAAACUGACGGAAGAAAAAUCUAAACCCAGAUUUGGAUUCUUCACCCCAGACUUCAAAGCAAAGUCCUCAAUCCAGUUUUACAACAAGCUGAUCGGCAGGAGGGACCAGCCGGAGGCAGGGUGCGGACCUUCUCCCCCGGGCCCCGAGUGUGCCUUCUGCUCUUUCCUUGGCCAGAGGAAGUCGCUGAUAUUCUUUGGGUGCUGUCUGAUUUUUUCUACCCUGAUCCUGUUGCUAACCAUUAUCACAUUCCACAAGAGGAAGAGAAGGAAACCGUUCCGCGCCCAAAGCCGGCAUUUCGCCCCCGUGCCCAGGAAGCUCCUCCCGCAGAGAGUUCUGAGCUGAGUGGGUCCAACGAGGGUGAGGACGGUUCAGGAUGGAUGUCAGGCCGGGCCCCUCCCGGACAGCCCAGACAGCGACUGCCCACCUUGAGGCAAGUUGGGAAACUGUUGUUACCAAGGCUUGGGGCUGACCUGGACGCUUGCUCCUAAAAACCGAGGUCGAGUCUCCCACUGACCAGAAACUCAAUUUUUCACUGGCUCAAAGCAGGGAGAUGGACGGACCCUAAGCCCUGUUCUCCCUCUGUGACGGUCGGGGCAGGUGUGGACAGGCCAGCACCCGACAGGGCAGGGCCUUAGCUGGGUCCUUCUGAAAGAGAACCCACCU